GGGCUGGCUGGCUGGCUCCUCCGACGUGCCUGGGCGGGCAGAGGCGCUACGCGGGCUGCUGCGCCCCGACAGCGCCGGCUCGGCUGUGGCCGUUGGGCGGGCGGGCUGCGCUCCAAGCCGGGUCUUGCUGGGCCUGCUCCUCGGCCCCACUGGCGCCCGCCUCCCUGAGGCGCGAGUUGCCCGACGGGGCAGCCCCCCCCCCCGGCGGUGCUUGGCGUUUGGGAGCGGACGACGAGUCUGGCUGGCUCCCCCGACAGCCGCUCCAUUCAGCGGAGGAGGGGAAGCAGAGAGGAGGAGGAAGAGCUUGCGGGGUUCUCCAGGGCCGGCCGGCCGGCCGUCCUUCCGCGGGGGGCGGGCUCCUCCUCCUCGGGACGACCGGCGGGGCAGGCUGCUCGGCUCCGUCCAGGAACCGGGCGGCGCGCCGAGCCCGCAGGAGAGCGCGGAGGGGCGAGCGCUUCGCUCACCGGCCGCCCAGCAGGGGGCAGCAGAGCGCCGCCGGGGACGGAGCCCGGCUCAGCCGGGAUGCCCCGGCACCACCCCGGGCGAGAGGCUGGCUGCGGGGCCGCAGCAGACGCAGGAGUCCCCCUGGAGGAGGAGGAGGAGGAGGAAGGUCGGCGCCGCCGCCGCGGUCUGUGCUGCCCCGGCUCCCACCAUGACCAUCAGCGCGCUCCGCCCGGGGAGCAGCCACCGCCUGCAGCUGCCAUGCCUGGCCAAGAUGGAGCGGGUGGUGGUUGGCAUGCAAGACCCCGACAUGGGCAUCAAAAUGCGGAGCCAGCGGCUGCUCAUCACGGUGAUUCCCCACGCGAUGACCGGAAGUGAUGUUGUGGACUGGCUCAUCCAGAAAUAUGCCCUCUCCGAGGAAGGUUGGGGCUGGGCUGAAGCCAGGGCCAACAGUCUAUCCGUGCUUAAUUCUAAGCUCUGCAUUCUGACAGCCAGACUUGUGCAAAGUUUAUCUUCAGCCCCAGGACUUUGGGCUUCAAAAUCCUUGCACCUGGGGAACCUGAUUGUGAAGCAUGGCUACAUCUACCCCCUGAAGGACCCUUGCAGCCUGGUUCUGCGGGUGGACGAGACGCCCUACAGGUUUCAGACCCCGUAUUUCUGGAUGAGCACCAGAUGGCCGGCCUCGGAGCUUGACUAUGCAAUCUAUCUGGCUAAGAAGAACAUUCGCAAGCAAGGGGAACUCACGGAUCACGAGAAGGAGGACUACAACCAGCUGCACAAGAGGAUCAACCACACCUGGGACUUUGUGGUCAUGCAGGCGCGGGAGCAGCUCCGGGCAGCCAAACAGCGGCGCAGGGGGGAUCGCAUUGUCACGGAGUGCCAGGAGCAGGCUUACUGGCUCGUCAACAGACCCCCGCAGCCGGGAGCCCGGAGUGUGAUGGAGCAGGGGCCUGAACGCAGGAACCGCCAGGGCAGCCGCGUCCAGCUGGAGAAGAACAUGGACUACUACAAGCGGGAGAUCCGAUACUUCCGCACCGCCAUGGGCCGGGCCCGUGUCAAGUCUUCCCUCUGCCUGGAAGGAUACCUCAAAUUCAAUGAGCAGUACGUGCCCCACGACCCCAUCAUGUCUGGCUGCCUCCCCAGUAACCCCUGGAUCACGGACGACACCAUGUACUGGACCAUGAACGUCCCCACGGUGACGGUGCUGACCAAACUGCGGGUGGAGCGCUGGAGUUUCGGCUUCAGCGAGCUGAUCAACGAUGCUCUGGGACGGGUGCAGCUGCUGGAAUUCCUCAAGAAAGAGUUCAGCGCCGAGAACCUGAGCUUUUGGGAGGCGUGUGAGGAGCUGCGCUAUGGGGAGCAGGCCCGCAUUGCUGAGAUUGUGGACUCCAUCUAUCAGCAGUUCCUGGCUCCUGGGGCCACACGCUGGGUGAACAUUGACAGCAAGACCAUGGAACGGACCCUGGAGGGCAUCAAGACCCCACACCGCUACGUGAUGGAUGACGCUCAGAUGCACAUCUACAUGCUGAUGAAGAAGGACUCUUAUCCACGCUUCCUAAAGUCCGACCUGUACAAGAAUCUGCUGGCAGAGGCUGUCAUCCCUCCUGAGACCAAGAAGGGGGUGUUCCCGUUCAUGCGGAAGCAGCGUCACUCCAGCCCCAGCCCUGCCUUGAUGCUGCCGGCCGGGGACCAGGAGCUCAAGGCUGAAGAGAAGAGCAAAGCCGGUCCAGCCCCUCUGGCUGAGCCCCUCCCUGAGGAAGACGGCUAGCGGGGAGCCCCGUGCCCCACUCCCUACCGCCGAGGGGCUGAUGCUCACAUCCCAAGAAGAGGAUGGGGGCCAGCUUCAGCCUUCCUCUGCCCUGCCUGCCCCAGAGGCCGGGCAGGCGCUGUGGACUACUCCUCUGCUGAAUUGGGACGCUUUGCCUCCACUGCUCUUCCCAGCCACAACAGGAAACAAGCCAUAGGGUGGCGGCGAGGGCCUGGUCUCAUCCCCGCUCGCCAAACCUCCUCAUGCACUGCCUCCUCUGCCUUAUCUGCUUGACUUACGGGAGCACAUCCCUAUGUACACACACACACACACACACACACACACACACACACACACACACACCACAGACCCCCCUGCCCAUGUCACGUUGCCUCAGGAAUUAACCCCCCUCCUCCCCGCCCUCGGGCGUAAUCCUCCACCCAGCUGCUGCUGCCUAGUAGCAGGGAAUCGCUCCUCUCCCGGCCUCUCCUGCUCUUUCCCUGUCCGUGGAGGAGGAGAGGCUGGCUUUCUCCUGGCUCCAGUUCUCCUACCUGUCCUGCAUGGAGUGCCCAGCUGGGCAAUA